GCAGCCAAACCAGCACCCUGUAUCUACAGCUCCAUGUCACGCGCUGCACAAUGCUGUUCCGAUUCGGCGUCGUUCUCACUCCGGAGUCUUCAGAGACAGAGGUCUUCGUUUUGGGUUCGCGUCCGGAAAUGGGCCAGUGGGACCCGGACCGAGCGGUCCGGAUGAAAGCCUCCCAGAAGCUCGUGUCGCCGCACGAGCCGAGCCUGUGGGUCGGCGACGUGCAGCUGGCGGAGCCGUUCAAAGACACGCUGUGGUUCAAGUUCGUCAAGAGGGUCCGAGGCGCCUACGUCUGGGAAGGCAACGGCCCGAGCCACGACAGGCGGUGCUCGUUUGAUGAGGAGAACGUGGUGGACGGCGUCUACUGCCACCCACUCGGCCACUGGAUAGAGGAAACGGGACACACGGAUGAGAUGAAGCACACCACCAGCUUCUACUUCAGCGUGGCUGCUCAGAAGGCCAUGCAUUUCUCCAGGGUCCUGCCUCGCCUGUGGCUGGGCAGCUGCCCUCGGCACGUGGAGCACGUGAGCGUCACGAUGAAGCACGAGCUGGGCGUCACCGCCGUCGUCAACUUCCAGACGGAGUGGGACGUGGUCAGCAACUGCCGCGGCUGCGGGCGCGACCGCGAGGCCGUGAGCCCGGAGGCCAUGACGCGCCUGUACAACGACUGCGGCCUGGUCUACGUGUGGAUGCCCACGCCGGACAUGAGCACGGAGGGUCGGGUCAGGAUGCUGCCGCAGGCCGUGUUCCUGCUCCACGGCCUCCUGGAGAACGGCCACUGCGUCUACGUCCACUGUAACGCCGGCGUGGGCCGCUCCACGGCCGCCGUGUGCGGCCUGCUCAUGUACGUGCUCGGCUGGAGCGCCAGGAAGGUGCAGUACUUCGUGACGGCGAGGCGGCCGGCGGUCUACAUAGACGAGGAGGCGUUGGUCCGCGCCCGGACGGACUUCAUGCGGAAGUUCGGACAGCUGCGCUCCUCCGUGUGUCACCCAGACGCGUGAGGAAGCGCAUUUGUAGGAACUGGAAAGAUUCCCAGGUUGUUUAAAAGGGCAGAAAUGUACAACUGAACUAGUUGAGAAUCCUUUUUAUUCCAGAGAGAAAUUGAUUUUUUUUUCUUCCCCAACAAGUUUUUGUGCUGCAUGAAAAUGUUGCCUCUUUCACAAAGCGACGAAUCAAUUGGUGGAGCAACAAUGGGUUCGAUCCCCGUCAGGGAGGUGUUCGGUUCCUCGACGGCUCCGCCCCAGCUCCGUCACGCGGCGUGACAACGCUUCAUCCGUCGGUAUUCAACCGACGCGUCAUUCUGAGCCGUCUCCUACACAAGAACAACAGCGCCCCCUUGAGGCGGAUUCAAUGCAUGCGUCAUAGGACAUUACUGCGAUACUGCUUGUUGUCAGUUUCAUUUUUGUAGUGAGUCUCUACAGUAAACGAUGCCUUUCAUUCACAGACAUUUAUUCUGUGGAGUUUAAAUGCAGUUCCUAUAGUUGUUAUAGUCAUCACUCCUUAAUAGAUCUGUAGAUUUGCAGAUGUUAUUUCCCUGCUGUAAAGUGAAUAAAUUAUGAAAUCAAAUAAACAUAUUAGAGAUUAACCUGCCAAGGUGCCAGAA